AUGGCUGCCAUUAGGGCAUCCGGAGGCAAGGGUGGCGGAGGCUUGCGGAAGGUCAAAGACACCGACAAGAAGGAUCGUAGCGGGGCGAUGGUUCCUGGGUCUGCCAACGAAUCAUCCGCAGCUUCAGCAGGUGGCGGUGCCGCUCAGGGUGGUAUGGCAGGCGCUCUUAAAGCCGCUCUGGACAAGAGAAAGCAGAAAGUUAGCGGUAGCGAUGACGAAAAGGAGGACGACGAUGAUUGGUAA